CAGACGUCGGGGCGGAGCUAUCGGAAGCAUAGUGUUUGUACGAGUUCAGUAGUGGCGCAGACUUGCACGAUGCCUGUGGACCUGUCUCAGUGGAGCGGGGCUCUGGCCCUGGACGAGGUAGAGGAAAAGCCCGCGCUCCCGCUCAGUGUGAGCUACGGUCCUUUGGCGAUAGAGGAGCUGGGCCAAGUGGUGACCCCUACCCAGGUCCAGAACCGUCCAACCACCAUUUCAUGGGAGGGAAUGGAUAGUAAUAAGCUGUAUACUCUAGCAGUUACAGACCCUGACGCUCCAAGCCGGAAAACUCCAAAAUUCAGGGAAUGGCAUCACUUCCUUGUUAUAAAUAUGAAGGGAAAUGACAUCAGCAGUGGUUGUGUCCUGUCCGAUUACAUUGGUGCAGGUCCACCCAAAGGAACUGGUCUUCAUCGUUACGUCUGGUUGGUCUAUGAACAGAAAGAACAGCUGAAAUGUGAUGAGCGGGUUCUGACAAACUGCUCUGGAGAUCAUCGAGGGUUGUUCAAGGUCCUUUCAUUCCGCAAGAAAUAUGGCCUGGGAAGUCCAGUUGCAGGAAAUUGCUUCCAGGCAGAGUGGGAUGAUUAUGUCCCCAAGCUGUAUGAACAGCUGGCAUCCUAAAAUGUAUAAUUUGCCCCUUCACUGCCCUCUAGAAAUCAAUGUGCUUAACUUUAGAUGGUUUGCAGUGGUAUGGCGAGUAGUGUUUUUUUUUUUUUAACCUGUCUGCUGCUCAAGAAUAGAGAUGAGCGAAUUUCAUAACUCCCCUGCAUAACAGAAAUGGGGUGUAUCUGUUUUGCAGCCCAUAGACUUUUAUUAUGACAAAAUUAAUAACGGAAUGCCUCUAAAGGCAUUCCGUUAUGCAUUCCGUCAUAGAAUUGUGGUAUGGUCUGUGGAAUCCAUAAGGCAAAUCACCUUUUGCCAACAAACGAAGUGUGAACGAAUUUCGCUCAUCUCUACUCAAGAACCCUGCACAUAAAUCAGUACCCUCAGUAUUAAAAGUAGAAUAAUAAAUACAAUAUUCUGUUACCUAAUUUCUGCACCAUAGAUCAGCAUAUGUUUCAGUGCAUAAUUUAUCCCGUGUAUAUUUUGCAUGAAAUUAAAGUAGAACAUGGGUUCAUGAA